AAUCUAGUCUAGUCUUGUACUUCACUUCAGCUGUGCCUCCAAAAUAAUACCAUUUUCUAAUUCGAAUAUACUUGUUUUCAUCUUCCAUUUCUAAUGGAUCAAACCUCUCUCGCUUGAUCUUCUCGAAAAUGAUUCGUUCAAUGUCCCUUUUCUUCAUCUUCUUCGUCUGCUUGUUUAUCAUUUCUACAGUACAAUCUGCAAACUCAUCUUCUCCAGUUUCCAUCACUUACACUCCCAAAACCCUAGCCAAAUCAGGUGAUUCAGUUAACAUCCAAUGGAGUGGAAUUGAAUCUCCAUCAGAUUUAGAUUGGUUGGGUAUAUAUUCACCACCAAAUUCAUCACACAAUAAGUGGAUUGGUUAUGUUUUUCUAUCUUCUUGUAAGAACUGGAAAUCCGGGUCUUGUUCAAUCGACCUUCCAUUGGUUAAUCUUCGAUCAAAUUACGAGUUUCGGAUAUUCAGAUGGACUGAUGAUGAGGUUGAUAAGGAAAAAGUUGAUCAUGAUCAUAAUCCAUUACCAGGAACAAAGCAUUUUUUAGGGAAAUCAGAAGAAUUAGGGCUUGAAAUUGGUAAUGGACCACAGCAAAUUCAUUUGGCUUUUACAGAUAAUGAAGAUGAAAUGAGGGUUAUGUUUAUUACAGGAGAUGGGAAGGAGAAUUAUGUUAAGUAUGGAAGAGAUGAAGGUGCCAUGAAUAAGGUUGUGAAGACUAUAGUGAGCAGGUAUGAGAGGAAAGAUAUGUGUGAUGCUCCUGCUAAUACUAGUAUUGGGUGGAGAGAUCCUGGUUUUAUUCAUGAUGGAGUCAUCAACAACUUGAAAUCAGAGAAAAGGUAUUAUUACAAGGUUGGAAAUGAUGCAGGAGGUUGGAGUGCGACUCAUAGCUUCAUGUCACGUGCUAGGAACUCAGAUGAGACAAACGCAUUUUUAUUCGGCGACAUGGGAACUGCAACCCCAUAUUCAACCUUCCUUCGCACGCAAGAUGAAAGUAUAUCAACAAUGAAAUGGAUUCUACGUGACAUUGAAGCUCUUGGUGACAAGCCGGCUUUUAUUUCUCAUAUCGGAGACAUUAGCUAUGCAAGAGGCUACUCGUGGUUAUGGGACACAUUCUUCACUCAAAUUGAACCUGUUGCAUCUAAGGUCCCGUACCAUGUGUGCAUUGGAAAUCACGAAUAUGAUUGGCCAUUACAGCCUUGGAAGCCAGACUGGUCUUCUUACGGUAAGGAUGGUGGUGGUGAGUGUGGGGUCCCAUACAGCCUCAAGUUUAAUAUGCCUGGGAAUUCUUCAUUACCAACUGGAACUCGUGCCCCUGCAACUCGGAACCUUUUCUACUCGUUUGACAGUGGGGUAGUGCAUUUCGUGUAUGUGUCAACUGAGACUAAUUUUCUUCCAGGCAGUGAUCAAUAUAACUUCAUUAAGCACGAUCUCGAGACAGUCAAUCGAAAGAAGACACCUUUCGUUGUUGUCCAAGGCCACAGACCAAUGUAUACAACUAGUAAUGAGAAUAGGGAUGCCCCCUUGAGGAACAGAAUGUUAGAACACUACGAGCCUCUGUUUGUGAAGAACAAGGUGACUCUAGCAAUGUGGGGUCAUGUUCAUAGGUACGAGAGGUUCUGUCCGAUGAAGAAUUUCACCUGUGGGGAGGAAAAUGAAGCUUUACCAGUACAUGUUGUGAUUGGAAUGGGGGGACAAGAUUGGCAACCUAUAUGGACACCAAGGCCUAACCACCCAACGGACCCAAUCUUCCCUCAACCUGAAAGGUCUUUGUACCGCACAGGCGAAUUCGGGUAUACGCGACUUUUUGCCACGAAGGAAAAGUUAACCCUCACCUUUGUAGGUAACCAUGACGGAGAGCCACAUGACGCGGUGGAAAUUCUGGCAUCAGGCAAAACUACAAAGAGAGUUGAGGAUGCUUCAAAUAAGUUAGAAGUGGGAAAAAGUUAUUUUUCAUGGUUCAUGAAAGGAAUGGGUCUUCUGGUGACUGGAGCUUUGACGGGAUAUCUGAUUGGUUCCAUAACACAUUCCAGAAGAGUACCUUCAUCUGGAGCAAGCUGGGCACCAGUGAAGACUGAGGAUGCAUGAACGGGUGGUUUCGGAAUCUAAGCUGCUGUAAGUUAUUGAGGUUCGGUAUUCUGUAAACUUUAAGUACUUUAUACUAUGUGAAAGAGGAGCAUCUCUUCAUUCCUGUAAAGCUGUGAUCGUGCCCUUGAAGUUGAUCCAGCCAGGUAAACUGUAAUUCCUUUACCCCUUCUUAAGCUUAUGUAAAUUAAUAAAUAUACCUUUUUAACUCACCAAGUUGUAUUGUUAUGUAUUUUUCAUCUCCACUCUCAUUAAUAAAUAUCGUGAAUCUAAAUAUUCACCGCUGCCA